CAAUAGCUCCUCUUGUGAUUAUAAAGGAAGGGAGGGGGGAGAGAUAAGAGGCAUUCUUCCUUGAGCAUAUUUUUAUUGACAAACAUAAGAUUAGCCAUGGUUCUUAACAAUCUUGUUAUGAUACUGCUUAGUCUUUUCUCAUUAUCAGUUACCAUAGCCAUGGCUGUUCCUCCACCACUAGCCCUGCCGGGUUGCGACGACAAAUGCGGAAAUGUGGCCGUACCCUACCCAUUUGGCAUCAAAGAUGGAUGCUUCAGGGAUCCUGAUUUUAAUAUUUCAUGCAGCAACAGCAACAGCAGCAGCAUCAAAGCCUAUCAAAAAGGUGGUGGUGGUGGUGGCCGGAAUGAGGUUCUUGAGAUAUCAUUAUCCAAAGCCCAAGUCAUAGUAGAUGGUGGAUAUUCUAAUAACACUAGAUAUUGCUCCAGAUCUACAGAUGAGUAUAUAAUAGGAAAGUAUGAUCUGAACCAAUCAUCUUCCUUCACUUGGUCAUCUGAUAGCAACCUAUUCACAGCCAUCGGUUGCAACAUCGCUGCAUACAUACGUUAUGGUGACUUUAUGAGUGCAUGCGUGACUCUGUGCGAUAGCUUGCCACUUAAUAUGACUAAAGGGGCUUGCUAUGGAAUUGGUUGUUGCCAGACCACAAUCCCUAAGGGUCUCAAAACUCUUAAUAUUACUGUUGGGAGUAUAGGUAAUGGAUCUGCUGGGAAUUGGAAGUUCUCUGCUUGCAACUUUGCUUUCUUGACUGAUCAAAAGCUGUUCAGCUAUGAGUUAUCAAAUCUUUCGGCUCAAUUAUAUGAAUCAAGUUUUCCUGUGGUGUUGGAUUGGGCUAUUGGGAAUCAGACAUGUGAAGAAGCGGUUCAUGAUAAAAAAUCUUAUGCUUGUGGUUCAAAUAGCUACUGCUUUAAUUCAACCAAUGGUCCCGGCUACCUGUGUAACUGCACCGAUGGUUUUGAAGGCAACCCUUAUAUAGGAUGCCAAGACAUAAAUGAAUGUGAGAUUGGAGAUAAUCUCUGCGAUGGCAGAGGUAAAUGCAAUAAUAUGAUUGGGAGUUAUAACUGUUAUUGUCCAAAAGGCUACUAUGGCGAUGGUUGGAAAAAUGGGACUGGCUGCACUGAGGACCCAAAACGCAUUCCAUUGAUAAAAAUUAUUGCAGGUGUUGGUAUCAGCUUUAUAUUUGUAUUUGUUUGCAUUUAUUUUGGAUACUGUGGAAUCCAAAGAAGACGAAUCAUCAAACGUAGAGAAAAAUUCUUCCAACAAAAUGGAGGUUUGCUAUUGCAGCAACAAAUUGCUUCUCGUAGAGGUGUCACAGAUAAUGCUGGGAUUUUUACCAUGGAAGAGCUCAAUAAAGCAACCAACAACUUUGAUGAGAGCGGAAUACUUGGCCAAGGAGGGUAUGGUACGGUUUUUAAAGGAACCUUAUCAAAUGGCAAAGUAGUGGCAAUUAAGAAAUCGAAAAUAAUGGAUAAAAGCCAAAUUAUACAAUUUAUCAAUGAGGUUGAUAUCCUUUCUCAAAUCAACCAUAGAAAUGUGGUGAAGCUCUUGGGUUGUUGUCUAGAAAUGGAGGUUCCAUUGUUGGUGUAUGAGUUCAUCUCUAACGGAACCCUCUUCCAACAUAUCCAUAAUGAGAAUCAGGCAAUGUCUCUUUCAUGGGGAAAUCGUUUAAGAAUUGCUGCUGAAACAGCUGGAGCACUGGGGUAUUUGCACUCUGCUCAUUCACUACCCAUCCUCCAUAGAGAUGUCAAGUCUUCCAAUAUACUUCUAAAUGAUAAUUACAUGGCUAAAGUAUCUGAUUUUGGAGCUUCAAGACUUGCUCCUUUGGAUCAAACUCAAGCAAUGACAUUAGUUCAAGGGACCUUAGGUUACUUGGACCCAGAAUGCUUUAUUACAGGUCAACUAACUGAUAAGAGUGACGUUUAUAGCUUUGGUGUUGUCCUUGCUGAGCUUUUGACUGGGAAAAAGCCAAUACUAUCAGAAGGAUCAGAGGAGUGUAAAAGCCUUGCAAUGCAUUUUGUUUCUUCAUUGAAAGAUGACAAUCUUUUUCAGAUUCUCAAUUACCAAGUAUUAAAUGAGGGAAAUAAAGAACAGUUAGUGGCAGUUGCUAAGCUUGCAAGAAGAUGCUUAAAGCUUAACGGAGAGUACAGGCCAACAAUGAAAGAAGUUGCAAUGGAGCUUGAAUCUCUUAGAACGUUAUACGAGCACCCAUGGAUACAACAUAACCAUGAAGAAACUGAAAGCUUUCUAGGUGAACCAUCAACAAGGUCUGCUGUCAAUGUGACUGAUCAAGAGUCUUUAGGGGAUUCUUUCGCGCUAGCAUUAGAGAUUGCUCGUUGAUUAUUCAGCACUAGCAGGUAGUUAUUGUAAUAUUGAUGACAAAGUUCUCUUUUUGUGUCUAUGGUUGGUAUUGUAGAGCUAUAGUACUUAUAAAUAUUG